GGGAGGGCCCCGGACGCCGGAGCGCGCGCUUUGGGCUGCGUUUGAGACUGGAGGCUGCGACCCCUCCGAUCCUGCCUGAGGACUCCGGAUCCAGGCUCCGCUCGGGAGGUGAGCGCAGCACCCUCUGGCCCUGAAGAAGCAGCCAACAUGCCUGUCGCCAAGAGCCCACAAAAGUCAGAGCCCCUGUGGAAGGGAUGGGACCGAAAGGCCCAGAAGAACGGCUCAAGGCACCAGGUGUAUGCUGUCAAUGGUGACUGCUAUAUGGGCGAGUGGAAGGACAACACGAAACACGGAAAAGGAACACAGAUCUGGAAGAAGAAAGGGGCCAUCUAUGAAGGGGACUGGAAGUAUGGGAAGCAAGAUGGCUACGGCACCCUCAGCCUUCCUGACCGAGUGACAGGGAAGUACAGGAGAGUAUACUCGGGCUGGUGGAAAGGUGGUAAGAAAUCGGGCUAUGGGAUCCAGUUUUUCGGACCCAAAGAGUAUUACGAAGGUGAGUGGUGUGGCAACCAGCGCAGCGGGUGGGGCCGCAUGUACUACAGCGAUGGUGACAUUUACGAAGGCCAAUGGUGGAACGACAAGCCGGACGGGGAGGGCAUGUUACGCUUGAAGAAUGGGAACCGCUAUGAGGGCUCCUGGGAACGAGGCCUGAAAAACGGGUCGGGGCGUUUCUUCUACCUGGACCAUGGUCAGCUGUUCAAAGGCUUCUGGGUGAAUGACGUACCCAAGUGUGGCACAAUGGUCGACUUUGGCCGCGAUGAGGCCCCUGAGCCCACCCAGUUCCCCAUUCCAAAGGUCGAACUUCUAGACCCUGACAACGUGCUGGAGGAAGCCCUGGCCGUGUUCAAGGAGACAGAGGAAAAACAAGGAGACUGAUGCCAGGUGAGGGGAUGGGCACCACCGUCACCCUCUGUGCGUGCAAGGCAGCUCCUCUGGCCAAGGGUUCAGGACUGGGGCCAGAGAGGGCAGGUUUCCUGCCUCCUGCAGUCCUGCUGGUCCUUUUUGGUUCCUCGCCUUUAGAGCUCAUUUCACUGAAGAUCGGUUCAUUCCAGAUCCUCCCAUUUGUACCCUGGGCUUACUGGGAAGAACACUGCUUGGAGCCAGGUGGCUGGCUUGCCCCGAAUGCCCGUAGGGUGCUUCGUGCCACGUCUCCACCUGCACGUCUGUCCAGU